AUGAGUUCGAAAAGAGGUGAUACACGUCGUACGCGAGCUCAAAAGCAUCAAAACUCAUACGCAUUUAAGAACAAUCUGCACGAUAAGCACACACCGCUAAUAAAGCUCAUCACCAACCUAAACGUGUGCGAAGUUUGUGAACACUGCAAGAGCAUCAUCGACUGGAAGAUCAAAUACCGCAAGUACAAACCGCUAACACAGCCCAAAUCGUGCAGUAAAUGUGGAGAACGGAAAGUGAAGCGUGCCUACCAUGUAAUCUGUCGCGAGUGUGCCCUUGCGAGCCGUUGCUGCGCAAAAUGUCUAAAGUCGGCGGACGAAGCCAGUAUCAUUCCGCCGGAACCGACGGAACAGGAACAGGUGAAACUGAAGGCAGAGAUGGAUCAGCUGAUAAAGUCGCUCUCCGAACGAAAACGGCGAACGUUCCUACGGUACAUGAACCGUGGCCAGAAGAAAAAGCAAAAGGGUGCCGGUGCGGAAGAGUACGAUUCGGAUGAGGACGAAAACGAGGGCCGAAAGAAAAAGUCGAUCGACGAGAUGCCUCGUACGAGGGAAGAAUUGCUACAGAAAAUCGAACAGCUUAAGCUGGCUUCCGGAAAGGAUGACGGGAACGAAGACGAUGAAGACGGUUUCAGCAGCGACGAUGAAGAUUACGAAGACUUCAGCGAUGAGGAUUAUUCCAAAUGUUCCGACACAAAAUAA